GAAUCUAUACCGAAUAGUAAUGUAUUCAAUAUUUUACUUUCAAAACUCACAAUGCAAAAGAGUUCUUAUGUUUUAUUGAGUUCAAAUAAUUUAAAUAACAUUAUAAGGUCGAAUCAAAACGUUGUUUUACAUGUAUUUUGCAUAUCGAAUCAUCGAACUAUUUUUGUAAGGUUGGGUAGUGUUUGUCAUUGCCCAAAAGCGGCCAGAGGGCGCCAAAGUGGCGUGACGAAGCCAACCGACACUGUAGACUCCAAAGUUUUUUUUUGUAACGAAAGCAGCACUAAACAACACUGCCAACAUGGCAACAGAUGUGGAGGACAGUGAGAUGGAGGGGUCACCAGAAUUCAAACAUGCACUGAAAAUGGUUCUGAAAAGGCAAAUGAAAGAUCUGAUAAACCAGAUAUGUGAGCAGGGAAUAGAGAUUGCUGUGAUGGAAGUGAACAUAAAUGAUGGGUCAACCUCACAUUUUGGCACACCUAUAGGAGAAUCAUUCAUUGCAGAACAAAAAUCAUUGACCCAUAGCUUUGCCAGCUUCUGCAAAACAAAUGGAAGAAUUAGUUCUGAUGUCCCUUCUGACAGAUCUCCAAGACGCAGAGUGGAGAAAAAAAUUACUCCCAUGUCAAAGUCCAGACCGUCAACGUCAACAGAUCCUCCAACGCUGCGGAUCACUGUGCCAAGAAGACUAAGUGUGGGAAUAUCAGAGCAGGAGUUAGGGGGACUGGUUGGUCGGAUUGUUGCUUCCCAAUUGGAUAAGAAUAAAGAAAAAGGUGAUGGGUCUAGUGGGGGAACCAAAUUCGAUGCAUUGCUAGAAUCUGUAAAAGCAAAGGAAAAACCACUGAAUGUGACCAGGAGUGGAAGGAAAGUUUCCAACAAAUUCUUGGAGGGGUUGAAGAGCUCAAAGAAAAGCAUUAAAGCAGAAGAGUCAGAGUCUGGUGAUGAGGGAAGUAGUGAGAAACUAAUUGGUCGACUGUCAGAUCUUGAAACGCAGGCAAUGAAGAAAGUCCAGGUGAAGACAGGGGAUGGCAAGUCUGUGGACGUUCAGAAGACUACUUUGGUACAGGGGGACCAGCUGGAGAGUUUGGCAGCUGCCAUCAUCAAGGAGCUUCAGAGGGUGCCUAACAUUGCCGACCGCAAGCAAGUCAAGGUGACUGUUUCAAUACUUGAGGAGGACACAGUUGAAGAUGAGAUCACCAUAGUUACAGGAGAUGAAACAUCCACAGUUUCAGAAGCAGUAGUGGACAGCAUAGCAGAUGAACUGGAGGAUGAGGUGGAUGAUGAACCUAUGGACGACUCAGAGACUGAGUUACUGGAUCAUGUGAAACUGUUCUCAGAGCCUGGUGCUUCAAAUAACAAGGCUGAUGGAGUUGAAAGGGAAGCAUUUGAAGAUCUUGCGGAUGAAAAUGGUGAUCAGAGCAGUUUUGCCGAAAAUGAUGUGGAUGCCAAUCCUGACAAUCCCUUGCAAGAAAGUCUUGGCAGGAAGAAAGGAAGGAAAAGAGGUCGGUCACAGAAGGAGAUUCCAGCACAGUGUGAAUACUGUGGUCAGCAACUUCUCAAUAAGUAUAACUUGGACUUACAUAUCAGAAGAAUGCAUUUUCUGGAAAGGAAUUUCCCUUGCAUGAUCUGUUCUCGGCGAUUUUGGAAUACACACCGACUGAACUCGCAUAUUCUUUCCAUUCAUACGAGGCGAUGUGAGCAAUGCAAGCAAUAUGUCAUUGAAUCUGAACCUUGGCCAGAAGGAAUGGACAGAACCAAGAAUAGAAAGGUUCCCUGCAAAUGUGGAGGAUUGGUUUCCAUGAAUCAAGCCAAAUACCUAAUGGAAAAAGAAGAAAGGGAAAAUUCAAAGGCAUCUCAGAAAACCUAUGCAUGUGGAGAAUGCGGCAGAUUGUUUUGGUACAAAUGGGAAUGUAAGAAACACAGAGCUUCUCAUACAACUGAAAAUCAGGUCACAUGUGAAUUCUGCAAAAAAGACUUCUGCAACAAAAGUUCUCUGAUGAAGCAUCUAGAAGCCAUUCAUAAUGUUUAUGUGAACCGAUGUAAGUACUGUGGCAAAAACUACAGCAAUGAGGCUGCUUUGAAUGUCCACAUUUCCAAGAUUCAUGCUGAAGAUGAUGAACUGGAUACACGAAAGGAAGAUGAGGCCGAUAAUUCUAAGUCUGGAGACCACAUAAAUCUUACUCAAGAACAGUGGGAAUCUCUGACAGGAAAGAAGAGAAAACUCUCGGCCUUAGAUGAUGAAAAUUCAGGCCCCUCUUCGCCUGAUAUUGAAGGCAAGUAUGAAAAACGUGGCUUGACACUGACAAAAAAGAAAAGACGUGACCUGACAAAACAUACUUGUGAGUUUUGUGGUCAAACCAUAACAGGAAAACAGGCAAUGAAAAAUCAUGUAAGGCGUGUUCACUUAAAGGAAAGAAAUCACAAGUGUCAUAUUUGCCCAAAAGGGUUUUGGUGUAAGAGUUUGUUGGAGAGCCACAUGCUGUCGGUGCACACUCGACAGUGUGAGAAAUGCAAGGAGUAUGUUGUGGAGACUGAGCCAUGGGCUGAGGGAGUGAGCAUGGUCACUCUAAGAAGGGUGGUGUGCAAGUGUGGGCACAGGGUGGUGGUUAUAUCCAAACUGGGAGGCAAGAAAGUACCUGAAGACGAGGACGAUGAUGAUGCCAAUAUGUACCAGUGUGGAACCUGUAAUAAGCUGUUCCCCACACGGGCGGCAUGUGAAGCUCAUCAUGCCAUUCACACAGAGGCCCACAAAUGCAAGAUUUGUAACAAGGUGUUUACUGCAAACAAAUCCCUUGUGAGACACAUGAACAAUGUCCACUCAAUACAGACAAACCCUUGCCAUGUUUGCAAGAAAAGCUUUGCUAAUCAAAAGUCGCUGCUGACUCAUUUAAUGAAGGAGCAUGGCCAGCAAGGGGUUAUGUUCCUGCCAGGUGAGCAAGAUACCAGCGGGCCAACCGAAGGGCGGCCACUUGUUAGUGAUGUCCCAACAACAUCUAGCAACUCCAUAACUCCUGUGUCGGGUAUACUGCCUGCAGUCAGUGUGAACAUUGAAUCAGCCAAUUUGGAAGUGAUGUUUGACUGAUCAUUAAUGCCUGCAGUCAGUGUGAACAUUGAAUCAGCCAAUUUGGAAGUGAUGUUUGACUGAUCAUUAUCAAAAAAGUAAAUGUAAAUUUUUAUGCCCCCCUUCAAAGAAGAGGGGGUAUAUUGCUUUGCACUUGUCGGUCGGUCGGUCUGUUGGUCCGUCCACCAGGUGAAUUCCGGAUGAUAACUCAAGAACGCUUAGGAUCAUGAAACUUCAUAGGUACAUUGAUCAUGACUUGCAGAUGACCCCUAUUGAUUUUAAGGUGGUUAGGUCAAAGGUCAAGGUCACGGUGACCCAAAAUAGUAAAAUGGUUUCCGGAUGAUAACUCAAGAACGCUUAUGCCUAGGAUCAUGAAACUUGAUUGGUAGAUUGAUCACGACUUGCAGAUGACCCCUAUCGAUUUUCAGGUCACUAAGUCAAAGGUCAAGGUAACGAUGACCCGAAACAGUAAAAUAGUUUCCGGAUGAUAACUCAAGAACGCUUAUGCCUAGGAUCAUGAAACUUCAUAGGUACAUUGAUCAUGACUGGCAGUUGACCCCUAUUGAUUUUCAGGUCACUAUAUCAAAGGUCAAGGUCAGGGUGACGCGAAAUAGUAAAAUGGUUUCCAGAUGAUAACUCAAGAACGCUUAUGGUUACGAUCCUGAAACUUCAUAGGUACAGUGAUCAUGACUCGCAGAUGACCUUUAUUGAUUUUGAGGUCACUAGGUCAAAGGUCAAGGUCAUGGUGACCCAAAAUAGUGAAAUGGUUUCCGGAUGAUAACUCAAGAAUGCUUAUGCCUAGGAUCAUGAAACUUCAUAGGUACAUUGAUCAUGACUGGCAGAUGACCCCUAUUGAUUUUCAGGUCACUAAGUCAAAGGUCAAGGUCACGGUGACCCGAAAUAGUAAAAUGGAUUCCGGAUGAUAACUCAAGAACGCUUAUGCCUAGGAUCAUGAAACUUCAUAGGUAGAUUGAUCAUGACUUGCAGAUGACCGCUAUUGAUUUUCAGGUCACUAGGUCAAAGGUCACGGUGACCCAAAAUAGUAAAAUGGUUUCCGAAUGAUAAGUCAAGAAUGCUUAUGCCUAGGAUCAUGAAACUUCAUAGGUACAUUGAUCAUGACUCGCAGAUGAUCCCUAUUGAUUUUCAGUUCACUAGGUCAAAGGUCAAGUUGACCCAAAAUAGUAAAAUGGUUUCCGGAUGAUAACUCCAACACGCUUAUUCCUAGGAUCAUGAAACUUGAUAGGUAGAUUGAUCAAGACUCGCAGUUGACCCCUAUUGAUUUUCAGGUCACUAUAUCAAAGGUCAGGGUGACCCGAAAUAGUAAAAUGGUUUCCGGAUGAUAACUCAAGAACGCUUAUGGCUACGAUCAUGAAAAUUCAUAGGUACAUUGAUCAUGACUCGCAGAUGACCCCUAUUGAUUUUGAGGUCACUAGGUCAAAGGUCAAGGUCAUGGUGACCCGAAAUAGUAAAAUGGUUUCCGGAUGAUAACUCAAUAACGCUUAUGCCUAGGAUCAUGAAACUUCAAACGUACAUUGAUCAUGACUCGCAGAUGACCCCUAUUGAUUUUCAGGUCACUAUUUCAAAGGUCAAGGUCACGGUGACCCAAAAUAAAAAAAUGGUUUCUGGAUGAUAACUGAAGAACGCUUAUGCCUAGGAUCAUGAAACUUGAUAGGUAGAUUGAUCAUGACUCGCAGAUGACCCCUAUUGAUUUUCAGGUCACUAGGUCAAAGGUCUAGGUCAGGGUGACCUGAAAUAGUAAAAUGGUUUCCGGAUGAUAACUCAAGAACACUCAUGGCUAGGAUCAUGAAACUUCAUAGGUACAUUGAUCAAGACUCGCAGAUGACCCCUGUUGAUUAUCAGGGUACUAGGUCAAAGGUCAAGGUCGCAGUUACAAAAAACAGAUUCACACAAUGGCUGUCACUACAACGGAGAGCCCAUAUGGGGGGCAUGCAUGUUUUACAAACAGCCCUUGUUAGAUUUUGUGUUUUAUUGUAACAUGAUUGUUCCAAACUCACGGGAUUUAUUAAGACCUCAGAGUUAGAUAAAUUACCCCGCUAAUAUGAUCAAAAUAUUUAACGACACCUGGUUAUUUCACAAACCUUCACUUAUUUGCCAUGUUCAAGCAAAGCAGCUCUCUUGAUUGGGUCUUGUAUUGUUUUUUAAGACCUUUGCUGAAAUGCUGAGUAGCCUAUUUUCUGUUUAGUCCUGAUAUAUAUUUGAAUAAUAGGCCAAGAGGUAUGGUAUUUGUUAAACAAUGUAAUGGUCUUUCUCCAAGUUUGUUCAAAUCAUGCCCAUGGGGCAAUUAUUGACUCAACCCUGAGGAUAACUUAUUUUCGUUGCAUGUAUAUUGGAAAUCAUAAAAUAGCAUAUUUAAAACGACAAGGCUCAUAAGGUGUUAUAUUUUGGCAUGUAACAUCAUACAUUGCUCCUCUACGAAGUUUGGUAAAACUUAAUUUUAUUUCAAUAUCCUCUUAAACUGCUUGGCCCAGAGGAGUUAUAUAUUUGGCAUGUAAAGUGAUGACCCUGUAGCAACCCAAAUUUGUUCUAUUCAUGCCAGUUGGUCACAAUAAGCCCCCCCCCCCCCCCCCCCCUCUUUUCGUAAAUUGUUUUCCUUAUAAUUAUAUAGUGAACACUUAGGUAAAAAUAAGGCACUUUAUAGUUGUUUUUAGAGCAUGUCUGCUCUCUAACUUGACCUAGGCAUUGAAGGAGUUUAAAGUUGCAGUGAUGCCAAUCUGAGUUGUUGCAGGUUUCACCAGGUUUCCUGGUUUAUUUUCAGUUGUAUACAUGUAACUGAUUAAAUAUGGUUAAUUGUUGCUAUACUGCAUUAUAAUGUAAUUUUUGCAUGAUAGAAAUGUUGAUGCAAAUAAUGAAAUUUCUGAUACAUGUACAUGUAUAUUUUGUGUGUUUAGUUCACUAACAACUUUGCUUUAAUAAUGCCUUUGAAUUUGCCCGGGACCUGGAGGUAACUGGUUUCCAAUAUAAAAAAAAUUAAAUGCAUCAUAAUGUAAUUUUUGCACAAGUGAAAUUUUGAUAUAGAGAAUUACAUCUCUGAAUCAUAUAAAUGUAUAUAUUGUAUUUAGUUGUCGUGUUAGAAUUAUGUUUUAUGUUGGGAAUACAUUUAUUACAACAUUUUGCUUUAGUGUUCACAGUGCUCCUUAAUUAGAAAAGCACUUGUGUAGAUACUUUUUGCUUUCAUCAACUGUCUGAAUAUAAAUCAAAUUGUUGUGAGUAUUGUAUACACAUACUUGUCCAUCUGUUCUCACAGUACCUUGUUUCCACAAUGGAUCUAAGGAAAUUAAUGUGUAAUAUAAAUUCUUUUGUACAACAUGCUUCAUUGGUUAUAUAGAAUAUUUUCAAGCAAAUUAAUUUUAUAAAAAUGGUAAUACAGCAUAAUCUCUCAAAGUCAAAGAGAGUGCAAAGGAAAUUUAACCCGUUAUUUGACAUACUAACACAGAGAGUGCAAAAGCAAUUUAACUCGUUAUUUGACAUAUUGACACAUAUUUUUCAGGACAGUGAUGUUAUAAAAUUCGUAUAAAGGUGAUCAGUUACAUUAAACUUGUUGACAUA